AUGUCCACAACAGUCACACACACCUCCGAAACACACCAAGUCGUCACCGACGCCGUCGCACAUAUGAAAAAAAUGAUGGACGAACAAACGUUACCCGGUAUAGCAUUAUGUGCCGUGGGUGGCUUGAAUUACGUUCUUCAACACACGAAGGCUUUGGCACGACACGAGUUGAGCCAAGAACUCCAAGGUACUAUCAAUAAUAUGCAACGGUUAUACCCUUAUUCAUUAACACUGAAAUGUUCAUGUGACUUGUACAUGCACUUCAUUAAUCAAGCAAGAACAGUCAGCGACUUUUCUGCAGUAUUAAGUAAUUUAAGGAGAAGUGGAGAGACGAUACAAAACAGACUACUUCAGUGCAGAGACAAAAUUGUAACUAACUGCUCGUCUUUCAUUCGCCCGUCGAUCACUAUUUUGACGCACGGGAUGUCUAUGGUCGUCAACAAGAUAUUAGUCGCACACAAAAAUUAUAACUUCAAAUUGAUUGUAACCGAGUCGCAGCCAUACAAUUACGGGAAGGACGUUGUCAAUUAUUUGAAGUCGCAAAACGUGAAGUUUGAAAUUGAGUUGAUCACGGACUCUGCUGUUGCGUAUAAGAUGAAAGAAGUCAAUUUUGUGUUAGUAGGCAGCCAGACAUUAGUCAAGGCGGGCGGCUCAAUCAACUCUGUUGGGACGUACAACAUCGCACUCAUCGCAAAGCACUUCAAUGUGCCUGUCUACGUUGCUGCGGAGUGUUUCAAGUUUUCUGACAUCUAUCCCAUAGAGCAGACUGAUGUGAAUGAGACGUUAUUUGAGAACCCAACACAUAAGAUCCUUUACGACUACACUCCGCCACAAAUGAUCUCUUUAAUCUUCUCGGACUUAGCAGUGUUUACUCCAUCUGCUGUUGCUGAUGAGCUUAUUAAGCUUUAUGAAGGGUAA